CCAACGCCCCACACUCCGCGGCGGUUCCGAGGGAAGUAGCGUCCAGUUUGCGGGGAAGAAACUUGGGCACAUCUAUGAAGAGAGGACUAGCAAGGACCUGAGGAGAAGCAGUCAAGGAGGCUUUUACUCUGAAAGAGGAAGCCACCAGAGGGUUUUGAACAGAGGAAUGACCUGACCUGACGGGUAGUGAGUAUGAGUCGUGUGACCAAUGAUGUCACAAUGCCCUACUAGACUCCAACUUCUCUACUAGGGAGUUCUGGAUCCCUUGGAGCCAAGGACUGGAACUGACAUGCGAGACCUCUACCAACUGAGGGUUUUUUGAGCACACUCCUUUGCCAAGAUUUGGUGAAAAGUCUUUCACUCUGCAGUUGUGUCUUAGAAAUUCUUUUAUCAUGAUUGUGCUUGGCUGGAUGCUUUUUGUUGGCCUUGCAUGUUACAUGGGCACGUUUCCGGAGUUUAUGACUCCAACUCUGAGGUGGAAAGAGAGGUGGCCUGUUCAGGAGAGCAAGGCCCGACGGAACAGCCAGGCUUUGGAUGAAGAUCUACAACUAUCCCACUGGAAACAAGCAAAGAUGAUCCUGGUGAAGCAAUGCAGCUCUGAAGCCCUCCUGACCCGCUGGCUGUACAGUUCCUGUUGUUGGUUUCACAUAAAGAUACUAGCAUCUCUUGUACUUACGACUUAGUCUCAACACAUUUCAUGAAGUGACUGCAUUCUUCGGCUGCAUGGUUGUCCCUCAUGUAUGUAUUCCUAAAGAUUCAUCUCAGGUCUUAUUAUAGGGGAUCAGAGCUUGCUUUUCUUGAUAAGUAUAUACCCAGUUCUAUUUCCCUCCAGUUCAGAGGACACCUCCAAACAGUUCUCCUAACUUGGGUGCCUUCUGGAAGCUGGUGGGAGAGAUGAUAGGUCACUAGUAGGGUCUGAACAGAUGUGAAUGUAUAAGGGAGAAUGAACAGAGGCAUGUGUA